AUGUCUGUUUCCUCUUCUAUUUACUCACCACUUCCACCGAAGUCAUAUACACGAAUGAUCCGCCUUUUGCCAGACGAGGAUAAGGACGCCCCAAUUAGAUGUGAACUUUUCAGCUACAAUCUAUCACGCUCAAGCAACGGGGGGCAUCUUUAUGAGGUAUUUUCCUAUGUUUGGGGAAGCCCAGCCAGAUCCCGUUCCAUUAUCCUCAAUGGCUGUUCUUUUCUAAUAAUGGAAAGCCUUCACACCGCAUUGUUACACCUCCGGGACACUCAGCUAGACAGAGUAUUAUGGGUUGAUGCGAUAAGCAUAAAUCAGGAUGAUGACAGCGAGAAGAGCAAGCAGAUCCCACUCAUGCGGAUGAUCUAUGCACAAGCCAGACGUGUUGUUGUCUGGCUAGGAAUGGGCUGGGGAUACGGGGAUAAAGCGCUUGAAUUACUCGGUUCUCUUGGCAGAAAACAGAAUCCAGAGUCAAUAAAUGAGAAAGAUCGGGAGAGAUGUGAGGCGUUGCUACAACGAGACUGGUUUCGCUGUAUUUGGGUAUUGCAAGAAGUGGGGGUCGCUCAGUCUAUUAUAAUCAUGUGUGGUACUGUUCAGAUCAAUGGACAUAUUUUUUGUGAGGGUCUAGAUAAUCUGGAGCCUUCUCCCAGACUCAUGGCUAGAGUAAGCCCGGUCUCUUAUCUUAUCAAAGGAGCACUCUUCCGGUCUCAUGAUAGGGAUCUUUCCGUUCCUACACUUUCGAUUGGUGAGCUUGUCAGCAUGUACCGGAAUCAUAAUGUAAUAAAACAGCAUGACAAAGUGUACGCAUUACUGGGCUUAAGUUCAGACUCGAAUAGUGCUGUGUUGGCCCCAGAUUAUGAGCGUCCAUGGCAUGAGGUCUUCAGGCAAGCCGCACAACAUGUUUUUGCGAAAUGUUCUGUGGAGAUAUGCUAUGAGCCAGAAACAGCUAUUAUCAGGGUCGCUUUCAAUCAGAUUUGCCAGAAGCUGGGAUAUUGUGAUAAGUGGAUGGCUGAAUGGAGUCUACAAGCUUCUGGAGAUUUGCUUCAAGAUGGUGAUAUUAUCUGCCUUCUUGAAGGCCUGUCACAGCCAAGUGUACUCAGAUUAUGUGCUGAUUACUACACGGUGGUAAUACCAGUGGUGAAGCCUAAGGAAUGGGUACAGAAUACUGAAGAUAAUGUGAGGGGCGGUGGAAACUAUUCUGCACAUGGUUUGUAUGAUAUUUUGCUGGGCUGGAAGGCAUCCGAGCCGGAAGAUAAGGCUGAUUCAAAAAGCCUAUCAAGGCUUGUUGGAAAUGGGCCAAACAACCAUAAACAUUGUGAAGCUGAGCGAAGUCUAAACCAUACAAUAUCUGUUAUGGUAGAUGCUGCCAUACAGUUAUUCAAACUGGGAGUUCCUGAAAGAAAAGGACUGGAUAAUGUACUAUCGAAGGGCCGAGUGAAAGGCGUGGAUAUUAAUUUUCUUCUCUCGCAGAGUAACGGCACAGUCUCCAACAAUUUGAUAACUGCAGUUGAGGCAGUUCUGUGGCAAAAGCAUGAGUCCCCUCAUUUCUGGGAAAAGAUGCUCGUAGUUGCAGUACGGGAUCCUCUACCGUGUGGAUUUAUUAUUACAAGCAUUCUCCUGCAGCGUCUACAGGGAAGGCUACCAGUUCCUGAAGAGGUGGUCAAGGCGGCGGCGGCGAAUGAGGAGCAUGGGCAUCAGAUCAUACCGCUGUUUCUGGAACAUCGCGGGGACAAGUUACCAAUCAUGCAGCUGCUUCUCGAGUAUCAUGGGGACAAGCUACCUAUUUCUAAAGAGGUGGUCAAGGCGGCGGCGGCGAAUGAAGAGCAUGGGUAUCAGAUUAUGCAGCUACUUCUCGUGCAUCGCGGGGACAAGCUACCCGUUUUUGAAGAGGUGGUCAAGGCGGCAGCAGUGAAUAAAAACCAUCGGUAUGAGAUCAUGCACCUGCUUCUUGAGUAUCAUGGGGACAAGCUACCCAUUUCUGAAGAGAUGGUCAAGGCGGCAGCGGCAAAUGAGGAGGAUGGGUAUCAGAUCAUGCAGCUGCUUCUCGAGCAUCAUGGAGACAAGCUACCCAUUUCUGAAGAAGUAGUCAAGGCAGCGGCAGUGAAUGAAGAGCAUGGGCAUCAGAUCAUGCAGCUGCUUCUCGAGUAUCAUGGGGACAAGCUACCCGUUUCUGAAGAGGUGGUCAAGGCAGCAGCAGUGAAUGAAAUAACUGGGCAUCAGAUCAUGCAGCUGCUUCUCGAGUAUCAUAGGGACAAGCUACCUAUUUCUGAAGAGGUGGUCAAGGCGGCGGCAGCGAAUGAAGAGCAUGGGCAUCAGAUCAUGCAGCUACUUCUCGAGCAUCGCGGGGAUAAGCUACCCGUUUUUGAAGAAAUGGUCAAGGUGGCAGCAAUGAAUAAAAACCAUCGGUAUGAGAUUAUGCACCUACUUCUUGAGUAUCGUGGGAACAAGCUACCCGUUUCUGAAGAGGUGGUCAAGGCGGUGGCGGCGAAUGAUUUAAUAUAUGGGCCUGCAAUCAUGCAGCUGCUUCUCAGGCAUCGCGGGGACAAGUUACCCAUUUCUGAAGAGGUGGUCAAGGCGGCAGCAGCGAAUGAAAAAUAUGGGCAUCAGAUUAUGCAGCUGCUUCUCAGGCAUCGCGGGGACAAGCUACCUGUUUCUGAAGAGGUGGUCAAGGCAGCGGCGGCGAAUGAAAUAACUGGGCAUCAGAUCAUGCAGCUGCUUCUCGAGCAUCGUGGGGACAAGCUACCCAUUUCUGAAGAGGUGGUCAAGGCGGCAGCGGCGAAUGCAAACUCUGGGCCUGCAAUCAUGCAGCUGUUUCUGGAGCAUCGUGGGGACAAACCGCCGGUUCUGAAGAAGUGGUCACGGCAGUAA